AUGGAAUCCGUACCUAACUCCUCACUCGGGGUCUCAUCGUCACGGCUUGCACUCAUCGACCGAUUCCCACCAACCACUUACAAAGGCGUGAAAGACCUGAACAAGCUCAUCGUGGCUCGACGCGACCAGCUGUAUGAGGAAGUCGAAAGCGCCAGUCAAUACCUCUCGUUCAAGGAUGUGUCACCCCAACAAUUCAACCAUAUUGUGGAACGGGAGGAAGGACCGAGCAGUCACGUUCGCCUGUAUUAUUUCCUCGAUAUCGAAACCUUGAUCGUCAGAAUCCCCGCACGAGAGACUGAAACGGCUCAUCUCAGCUUCAGUAACAUGGUCAUCGAUCUACUGAUCUUCCGCGUCGGCGCAUCCGCUUCCUUCCAACUCUCCGCGGUGACUGCCACCCCCGGCCUCACUUGUCGCACAUUCUGGGGGUUGCAGGCUCUGCACAACUCUUCUUCCCCCAAGGACUAUGAAGAUGACUUUGGGUUCUUGGUUACGAAGGCGUCCUAG